AUGUGCAUACUGCUGUUAAGUAGCUUAGUGCGUAGUGGACAACCGGAGGAGCUGCGCGACAAUUUGACGGUGAGCGUGAUGAGCUUCGUGCCGACGCUGGAUGACGACGGCAAGCCCAUCGUGUGCCGCGCAGAGAACCCUAACGUCACCACACUUGUCAUGGAGACCACGUGGACCAUCAGCGUCGUCUAUCCUCCGGUGGUGCGGCUGCGGCUGGGCAGCUCGUUGGCGGCGGGUGACAUCAAGGAGGGCGAUGACGUUUAUUUCGAGUGCCACGUCCGCGCUAACCCUCCGGCCAGGAAACUCUCCUGGCUCCACGACGACCGGCCCCUAGCACACAACGCGAGCGCGAGGGUGUUCCACAGCAACCAGAGCCUGGUGCUGCAGAAGGUGACGCGACACAGCAGCGGCCGCUACGCCUGCUCCGCGCUCAACGCCGAGGGGGAGACUGUCUCCAAUGAACUGCACUUCAGAGUCAAAUAUUCUCCGUCGUGUCGGACGGGCGGCGUGUCGGUGGUAGGUGCGGCGCGUGGCGAGUCCGUGGUGAUAGUGUGCGAGGUGGACGCUGACCCGCCCGCCGCUGUCUUCAAGUGGAAGUUCAACAACUCGGGCGAGACCAUCGACGUCGCCGCUGAUCGCUACACCUCCAACGGCAGCGCGUCCAGUCUCAAGUACACGCCAGUAGCAGACCUCGACUACGGCACGCUCUCGUGUUCUGCCUCAAACGAGGUGGGCUCGCAACUUGCACCAUGCGUCUUUCAGAUGGUUGUCGCCGGUAAGCCCCACGCGCCACGCAACUGUACGCUGUGGAAUCAAACGACAGAUUCCGUUGAAGUGUCUUGUGUGGCGGGCUUCGACGGUGGCCUGCCACAAAAGUUCCUGCUAGAAGUGUACUCCGCAGACGGAGACAGUACGGCACCAAGAAUAAACUUAACAUCGGAAGAGCCGGUGUGGACGGUCCGCGGGCUGGAAUGGGACGUGCGCUUCCGUCUAUCCGCGGUCGCCUUCAACAGCAAGGGUCGGUCCGCGCCCGCGCGACUCGACGAUGUGCUGUUCAGGGACCCAGAAAAGAGAACAGGUAAUGACUACAGUAAACUGCAUCGCCUCUAA